GCGGUUUAUGAGGCACUGCUGGCGGCCAGGCAGGGCUCAGUGUGAGGCGAGCUGUAGAGCGGGCAGGUUGUUCGUGUGCCCAGUGCUGCUGUUAGCUUCCACCACACCCUACAGCCAGGCCGAGCCAUCAUGGCUGAUCAACUGACAGAAGAGCAGAUUGCAGAAUUCAAAGAAGCCUUUUCACUAUUUGACAAGGAUGGUGAUGGAACUAUAACUACAAAGGAGUUGGGGACAGUGAUGAGAUCGCUUGGUCAAAACCCCACAGAAGCAGAGCUACAGGAUAUGAUCAAUGAAGUAGAUGCUGAUGGCAAUGGCACAAUUGACUUCCCAGAGUUUCUGACAAUGAUGGCAAGAAAAAUGAAAGAUACAGAUAGUGAAGAAGAAAUUAGAGAAGCGUUCCGUGUGUUUGACAAGGAUGGUAAUGGUUACAUUAGUGCUGCAGAGCUCCGUCAUGUGAUGACAAAUCUUGGGGAGAAGCUAACAGAUGAAGAAGUUGAUGAAAUGAUUAGGGAAGCAGACAUUGAUGGUGAUGGUCAAGUAAACUAUGAAGAGUUUGUACAAAUGAUGACAGCGAAGUGAAGACGUUGUACAGAAUGUGUUAAAUUUCUUGUACAAAAUUGUUUAUUUGCCUUUUCUCUGUUUGUAACUUAUCUGUAAAAGGUUUUUCCCUUACUGUCAAAAGAAUAUGCAUGUAUAGUAAUUAGAAGGCCAUUCCUCCAUGUUUUUUUCUCCUUUAUCUUACUGUCAUUGUUCUGAUUUUUGGAAAAUUGAUCUAAGUAACAAAUGUUGCAUGUGGCUUACUCUGGAUAUUUUAAGCCCUUCUGCACAUCUAAAGUUAAAUGGAGUUGGUUGAGGGAACAUCUGGGCUGUCUAUUUAAAAAAAAAAAAUUCUUUCGAAUACUUAGGUAUGAGUAGUGUAACAAGUUACAUAAAGUAAGCUAGGGUUUACUGUGCAUUAGCAGUUCCUUAAAAGUGACAUGCUGGCUCUUGUUCUCCAGUACAUGAAGGCGUUUAUUCUGCUUUCUGUGAUGGAGGAUAAGGACUUCUACAGCUAACUGCAGGAUAAAAGCAUGUGAACAGUAUAUAUGUACAUGUGGCUAAUGCACUGUAAAAAUCAUUCUCCUAGCUUACUUCUGAGUAACUUGUGGCCAUACCUGUAACAUGUUGUUGAAAUGUGGAGUCUUAACGUUGUGGACAAUUGACAGUCAACAAUAUGAAACUUAAGUUGCACUAAUGCAAAACGGGUGAUUUUAUCCAGGUACUCGUACACAAGUUUUUUUUGUACUGCUGGUCCUGUACCAGAAAACAUUUUAUCCUCUUGUUACUAUGCUUUUUAAACUUUGUUUAGCCACUUAUUUUCAGAAAAUCUGCUUAUGGCACGAUUUGCCUCAAAUCCAUUCCAAGUUGUAUAUUUGUUUUCCAAUAAAAAAAUUACAAUUUA